CCCGGAAGUUUUUCUUCCAGCGACCCGAGCACGUUGAGCCGGCUUUGCGGUAGCUUUUUCUAGGUUGCCUCCUGAUCAUGUCUUCCAAGAAGAACAGGAAACGGCUGAACCGAAGCGCAGAGAAUGGUUCAACCUCGCCUUCUUCUGCUUCCUCUCCUUCGGGGCCCUCGGCUCCUUCUGCCGGGCCAGGCACGGCGGCAGCGGCCGGGAUUCUGGUGGUGACCAACUUCUUAGAAAAGGAUGACAAAGUUCCUAAAACAUUCCAGAAUUCCCUUGUUCAACUUGGACUCAACACUAUGAAAUCUGCAAAUAUAUGUAUAGGUCGACCCGUGUUGCUUACCAGUUUGGAUGGAAAACAAGAGGUCUAUACGGCCUGGCCUGUGGCAGGAUUUCCUGGAGGUAAGAUUGGCCUGAGUGAAAAGACACAGAAGAAUGUGGACGUGAAGGUUGGUGAUGCCAUCCAAGUCCAGCCAUUGUUGGGUGCUCUGCUACAGGCUGAGGAAAUGGACCUGGCACUCAGUGACAAAAAUGUGGAUAUUAAUAAAGAACAACUGACUGGUUGUCUUCUGAGAAAACUAGAUGGCAAGAUUGUUUUACCAGGCAACUUUCUGUAUUGUACAUUCUACGGACGACCAUGCAAAUUGCAAGUGUUGCGAGUGAAAGGGACAGAUGGCAAGAUAUUGAGAAGGCCUCAGAAUGACUCUGACAUUGAUGCCCAGGGAAUGGCCUGUGAACAGUCCAGCAUAGAAACCAGUACCCUGGAUGUAUCCCUACAGCUAAGCCAGUUAGAUCUGGAAGAGCCUCGGGACCCAACAUCAAGCAGUACUCCCUGCAAACCAGUAGAUGACAGAAUGAUAAAUAAAGCUAGUGACAUUUUGUCGGAUGUUACCCAGAGUCCUGGGGACAGCAGCAGACUUGGACUAGGGGAAGUCCCAGGACUUAAAUGUAGUUUUGAGUCGGCCAGAAGAGGAAAUGAGCAACUUGUCAAUGAAGAGAGAUUGCUAAAGUCAUCAUGUGUGGGAACAAAGUGCAACACUGAUAUUUUUUAUUUUAUUUCUUCAACUACAAGAGUCAAUUUUACAAAGAUUUGUACAAAUUCAAAAGAGCAAGACAACCAAUUCAAAGUAACUUAUGACAUGAUAGGAGGCUUAAGUAGUCAGCUGAAAGCAAUUAGAGAGAUUAUUGAAUUGCCUCUCAAACAGCCUGAACUUUUCAAGAGUUAUGGAAUUCCCCCACCUAGAGGAGUGUUACUCUAUGGCCCUCCAGGUACUGGAAAGACAAUGAUUGCCAGGGCGGUUGCUAAUGAAGUUGGAGCCUAUGUUUCUGUAAUUAAUGGUCCUGAAAUUAUAAGCAAAUUCUAUGGGGAGACAGAAGCAAGGUUACGUCAGAUAUUUGCUGAAGCCACUCUACGGCACCCAUCAAUUAUUUUUAUUGAUGAACUGGAUGCACUUUGUCCUAAAAGAGAAGGGGCUCAGAACGAAGUGGAAAAGAGAGUGGUAGCGUCACUCUUAACACUGAUGGAUGGUAUUGGUUCAGAAGGAAGUGAAGGACAGGUGUUGGUCCUUGGGGCCACAAAUCGCCCUCAUGCCUUAGAUGCUGCACUUCGAAGACCUGGACGAUUUGAUAAAGAGAUUGAGAUUGGAGUUCCUAAUGCUGCAGAUCGGCUAGAUAUUCUCCAGAAACUGCUUCAAAGGGUACCCCAUUUGCUCACUGAAGUUGAACUGUUACAGCUGGCAAAUAGUGCUCAUGGAUACGUUGGAGCAGACUUGAAAGCCUUGUGUAAUGAAGCAGGUCUUUAUGCCUUAAGGAGAGUCCUGAAGAAACAACCUAAUCUCUCUGAUAGCAAGCUGGCUGGAUUGGUGAAGAUUACUCUGAAUGAUUUCUUACAGGGGAUGAAUGACAUCAGGCCCAGUGCCAUGAGGGAAGUAGCAAUUGAUGUACCAAAUGUAUCCUGGUCAGAUAUAGGAGGACUGGAAAAUAUCAAACUGAAAUUGAAACAGGCUGUAGAAUGGCCCUUGAAACAUCCAGAGUCUUUCAUUCGAAUGGGUAUUCAACCACCUAAAGGAGUUCUUCUGUAUGGACCACCUGGAUGCUCUAAAACAAUGAUUGCAAAGGCUUUGGCCAAUGAGAGUGGCCUGAAUUUCCUAGCUAUAAAGGGGCCUGAAUUAAUGAAUAAAUAUGUUGGUGAAUCUGAAAGAGCAGUUAGAGAGAUCUUCCGAAAAGCGAGAGCAGUGGCCCCUUCCAUUAUUUUCUUUGAUGAACUUGAUGCCUUAGCAAUUGAAAGGGGCAGUUCUUUAGGUGCUGGGAACGUAGCUGACCGUGUUCUGGCUCAGCUCUUAACAGAAAUGGAUGGCAUUGAACAGUUAAAGGAUGUGACAAUUUUGGCAGCUACUAACCGCCCAGAUAGGCUAGACAAGGCUUUGAUGCGGCCUGGAAGAAUUGACAGAAUCAUCUAUGUGCCUUUACCAGAUGCAGCAACAAGAAGGGAAAUAUUUAACCUGCAGUUUCACUCUAUGCCAAUCAGUAAUGAUGUGGAUCUGGAUGAACUCAUCCUCCAAACAGAUACAUAUUCAGGAGCAGAGAUUAUAGCAGUCUGUAGAGAGGCAGCCCUUCUGGCUCUGGAAGAAGACAUUCAAGCCAACUGCAUUAUGAGAAGACAUUUUACUCAAGCUUUGAGCACUGUGACACCGAGAAUUCCUAAAUCACUGAGACGUUUCUAUGAAGAGUAUCAAGAGAAGAGUGGGCUACAUACACUCUGAGAAAGUAUACAUAUUCAGUAUGCUAAAAUGCUUACUAGAGAAAACGUUUCUUUUUUAAGAAUUUUGUCUUGAGAGUGUCAAAAAAAUCCUUUAUAAGCAAAGUGUCUGAAAUACAUUGACUGGAAAUUGAGAGGCUUCAGUUAAAGACAUUUUAAAUGAUAUGGAUACAAUGAAAAUAUCCAUGAAAGUCUCUGGACACAAGUUUAAAUCAGUUUUAUCUGGAAAUGUGUGCUGAGUUUUAAAAAUCAAACUUAGCUUUUUCAUUUUUGACCUAGUUUAUUCAUCCCAUGAAAUGCUCUCUUAACUCCAGAAUCAUUUUCACUGCAUUCCUAAGUGCCCGGCCUGUGAGCAUCAGUUUAAACAAGAACAUAAAGAAUGCAUGUGGAUUAGUCCAUAGUGAGAAAGAUUUACAGAUCUUUAUUUUUAAAGGCCAGCCAGUGAAAUAGCCAAAUGCACCAACCAGGUUUAUAAUUUUUUUUUAAGAUUUUAUUUAUUUAUUUGACAGAGAGAGACACAGCAAGAGAGGGAACACAAGCAGGGGGACUGGGAGAGGGAGAGGGAGAAGCAGGCUUCCCGCGGAGCAGGGAGCCCUACGUGGGGCUCGAUCCCAGGAUCCUGGAAUCAUGACCUGAGCCAAAGGCAGACGCUUAACUGACUGAGCCACCCAGGCAUCCCUGCACCAACCAGGUUUAUAUGGCGUGUUUCCAGAUAUGUUUUGUUUUCAUUAUAAUUCACACCUACAUUUUUGCUUUGGCCUUCUUAAUCUGUGCUUAUGGUGAUUAAAAAAAAAAGAAUUAAAAGUUAUUUCAUGUAAUGUCCUUUGCAAAUUUAAAAAGUUGGAAAUAUAAUCCCAAUCCAGGCCUAGAGCAACAGACUUGUUUUGUUUCAUAAAAUACUAUAAAUAAAUUGUAUGUUAGUGUUUUAAUUUGCCCCCAUUUUCAGGUCACCAAUAAACUUUUUCAGUUCAAAGACAAACCAAAUUGUACUCUUAAUCAUACUGUCUUAUGCUGCAUUCGAAAUAUGUAUAUUUGUGCUCCUAAUUAUUUCUCUUUAGGGUUUCUUGACACUUUAAUAUUCCAUAAAUAUCUUUGAAAAACUGUCAGAAAUUGACUCCCUGACUUCCAGUUGAGAAGGUGAAAAUGGAAAGAAUGUGCACUGAGACAUGCUCACUGUAGAUCUUUGAAAAUUUCCAGAAAGACAAGUCAGGCGAGAAAUACCUGAUUAUCACAAUAAUGGGACUAUACAGUGUUGUAUUCUGAAGUCAUGUCUCAAAAUAUCUUAUCCUUUGACUAUCAAAAAUAGAUUUGUAAGACAUUUUUCCCAGACUACAUUGGGUUUAUUAGUAUAUACAUAAAACCACCCAGGUAACAAAGAAUAUGACCACUACUUACAGCUGUGCUGUCAAAUACAAUAGCUACUAGUCACAUGUGGCUAUUUAAGUUUAAAUUUUAAUGAAUUAAAAUUAAAUACUAUUAAAAAUUUAGUUCACCAGACACGUCAGCCCCAUUUCAAGUGUUCAGUAGCCACCUGUGACAAGUGUCUGCCAUGUGGACAGAAUAGAUUGUAGAACAUUUCCAUUACUAGAACAUUCUGUUGGUUUCUGCUGAUUUAGAAUAUAAGGCUUACACAAUGACAUAAACAGGACCUCAAGAUUACUUUUAUGCUUCCCAUUUUUAGAAAAUAAGAGAAAAACCUUAUCCCCAAAGGCCUAAACAGAAAAAAAUUUAAAUUCUCACUGCCAAUAAAAUAAAAACCAGCAGUAAGCUUGAACUAGCAUAGGCUCUCAGGCUGGAAGCUGGCUGGUGGGGAGGAAGAGGGCAGUAUCAGUCAACGAGGAGCUCAGCUGUUAAUGACCACUCAGACCCUCCAGCCCAUGUGACACAGAAGUCAUAACCAAGGCUCGUGUAUGAUGCCCGGAUCACUAAAGACCAACACCUUCAGUGUAAGGGCAAAUUAGAAAAAAAUUCCUCCUGCUGACCAGAGAAAUCACAAGGAGCCUCUCUUGACUUGGUCUGUGCUUUGGAUUUGAAAAGAAAAGAAGCAGCUCCUCUGAGAAUUCUUUGAGCUUACCUGACCACAGCUUCUGGGUUUGAAUUCACACCACCUUUGUGGUACAGAAGCUUGAAACCUAAAAAUUAACAUGAAAAUAUGGAUCCACGCUAGAAAUAUCCUUGGGAUGAGUAGCAGUUCCAAUAGUUGGAGGAAUAUAGCCUCACCCAGGCCACAAAGUAUUCCAACAGCUAAAACCCUGCUUACAGAGUUUAUAAUCCCAAAGGAUGUGGAGCAGUGGAGCAUAAAUUGGUACAGCUACUUCAGAAAGCAACUAGCAUAUCUAGUAAUGUUGAAGACCCCUAUAGUCUCAGAGUUCUCCUCAGUGUAUGCCUCAGAGCAAGUUGUUUUCAAUGAGGUCAUGAUUAAGAAAAUCAUAGCACUAGUAUUUAAAUAGUAAGAAACUGGAAAUGAUCUAUCCAUCAGUCAGAGAAUGGAUUUCUAUGGGAUACCCAUACAAUGCAAUACUUAUGGCAGUAAAAAAGUAAUUAGAGCUACAUGGAAAAUGGGAAUUUGAAAAAGAACAUUUCAGAAGAAUAUAUUUAUUUAAAGUUUAAGGCAUGCAAAAUAAUAUAUGUUGUUUAUGGGAACACAUGUAGUAGAAGACUACAUGGAAGGAAAUGAAAAGCAUCAAAUACCAGGGAGAAUUUCCUCAGGGAAGAAAAGUUGAAAUGUCCUAUCUUAAACUGUGUGAUGUGAAUACAGGUGUUGAUUGUAAUCCAGUCUACACUUUUUUAUGCCUAAGUAUUUCAUAAUAAUGUUUAAAAGAUCAGCCUUAAACUGACACGUUAUGCUGCAAAGGGCAAAAUGCAUCUCAAGCCCUGUUCUGCGUUCCUAACCAGCAUCACCAUCCUAUCCCUCCACCCAAUCAGUGGACUUCCAGUGCAAUCCACGAUGCCUACUACCCCGUGUGUCUGGAAAAUCAGAAGUACCAGGAUGAUGGAAUAAAACCCAAGAAGGCAAAAAAAAGAUCAGGCUUUAGGACCCAGGAAACGAGAAAUUUGUUGGUGAGAGUUAGUGGUUAGGGGGUCCUCCUCUGAUGGGGGGGUAAACUGGAGUGAGACAUCUGUUUCCAUGGCACUGUGGUCGCUCAAGGAGCAGGAAGUUAAGAAUUUAAAAAGAUUUUAGAGCAUUACAUCUUUAAUCUAUUACAAACCAAUUAUUUUUUAUAUCUUUAGAUAGCUAAUUAUUACCAUUGAAAAGGCAAUGAUCAUCUUUAUUUGAAGUUUGUGCCCUUUUUAUAACAGUACCAGUAAAAAUCUGAGUCAUGGAAAAGAGCAGGUCAGGUGUCCCUAAUAACAGUUUACCCCAGCUUCAUCUGUGUGAGGGCUUUACUUCUGAUGCCCAAGUCUCCUAUGUGUGGAUUUAAAGUCAUGUGUAUUAUUUGGGUUUGUUUGUGAUUGAAUUACACAGUAUAGUUCAUGGAAAAUUUAAGUGCAGCAAGAAAAGAAAAUGUCCAGCUUCCUGUCUUAAAACAAUUUGCUUUAUUGGCAUCUGGUCAAAUGUUUGUCGUUGGUCCAGAUUCUCUUCAGGGUUUCAGGAUACUCACAUUGACACUUUUUUUUUUUUUUUCAGUGUUCCAAGAUGGUUUCGUUUCAAUAGUCAAAUUAGUGUUUCUUUCUAACAACAAAAUUUAGAAGAAUGGCUUCUAAUUUUUUACUCCUUUAUGACAAAGAAAGUGUAUUUCUAAGCUUAAUUCUGACUGCCCCAAUUUUGCUUGAAAAAUGUUUAAUUCUGUGUUAUUUCUAAUGUAUAAAACAGGUUUUUAAAAUAAUGUAUAGGUUUUCCACUUUGGAAAAAUAAUUAUUGAAUUUAUAGAAACACCAAGCUUGAGUGUAUGUUUAAUUUAUCUUAAUCAGGAGAAAGCUGCAGAAAAGUUGCUAUAAAGAUAGAAUGAAGUUAUUUCCCUGGCCUGUUGUUACUUAAAUUUCUGAAGGUGAGGUUGUUAGAGUUUUGGUUCGUUUUGUCAUGUUUCCCUGAGUCCUCCUGUUAAAGAUGAGCACACACCAAAACACCCUUUGAAAUUAUAGAUGGGUUGAAUUUGCAGGUCCACAUGGAAAUUCUAAUGCUCCAAGUCGAUUUGCUUUCCUUCCUUCAGUUUUCAUUAUAACAGUUGUGUGCUUGGUUAGGCUUUUUACCUACUAUCUAUGUCAAAUAUACCCCGGUAGCCUAUAUCUUCUAGGGCUCACUUUUGGGGAAAAGAAUUCAUUCUAGCAAAUUUAGGCAGAAAGAGUUGUUACAAGGUUUUAAAUGGGUUACAAAUUAUUGAGAAAUUUGUAGACUCCUCUUUCAAGACCCAGUGGUAAACAUUUCUGGAAAGAUGGUUAAAAUGACACACUUAAGGUACCACACACAAAGCCCAAAGAAAUGAAAAGAACGAAAAAUAGAGUUCAUCUAUGCUGAAAUCAGGGAACGGAUUAAACCCCAGGUAAAUUAUUUCAAAGGCUAUCCAUCAAGUACAACACAUUUUGGACCAACUUUUUAAGUUGGUUAAUUCCAUGAAUUCCAGGAAAUUCAACAUCUGCUCUGCUUCAGAACACAUAUGAUGUGGUAAGACUCCAUCAAUUUUAAGACUAUUAACUUAAAAAAAACACUUUUUUUGG